AUGUACAACCCGAAUGCUGAUCCCACGCUUCCCGAUGUUGCUGGCAGUACUGGCGGCGCCUACGAGAUGAAGGAGGACGCCUCUUCUUCAGGCUACCGUGGUUGGGGAUCGACUACCCUCGGUGGCUCUACUGGACGGAAAGCAUCGACUACCAUGUCCGGUGGUGCAGCAGGAGAACCUCUGAUGAGCGACGGCUCUCACUCGCCCGAAGGUGAAAUUUUAGGUGCCAUGGGUCCGUCAACCGCAGAAAACGCCCGGGGAAACGUCCAUCGUGGACCGUCGAACGCUUCGUCCUCAUACAGUGCUGCCGGCCGUUCUGACGGCUCUGGCGAAGUUGGCGUGGCUUACGGCGGCCCUGGAUAUUACGAUCAGUAUAGCCCCUACGACAAUACCCAGCAGGGCGGAGGUCAACCAAUCAUUCGUGACAACCCGGCUCGACGAAACACUCGGAUUGAGAACCCAUCUCACUUUCCUCAGCAAAGCGCCGGCAUCUCGCAGAACUUCUAG